UUGUUGGCAGGAUAUCGAAGGUGGAGAAGGAACUUGCCGAAUUGGUCUACCCCGGUGAAGAAAAAGACGUGAUCUAUCGAGAGCGUGACAUUAGUGAUGCCAUGACAGCGCUUUCCAGCAAGGAGAUGAAGCAAGCAGAAAGUCUUUACCAUGAAGUUGUCGUGAGCAAGAUUGUUACGCAGGAGAUGAUUCGUCAAGAUUUGGAGAAGUACAUGCAGUGCCUUGACAGCUCCAUCAUUCAGUUUCACAGUGAUAAAAUGAUUGCAAUAAAUCGAAUUCUGAUGAUCUGUGGCGGAAAGUCUAUGGUGGCACUGACAUUCAUCGUAU